AUGGGCCAAAUGCGACGAAAUUUUCGAGCCAUGGACGAAGAAGAUCUUCGAACGCGACGUGCUCCGCGCAGUGCCCGCUUUGUUGACAAACACCAUGGCGGGGUCCCCGACGAACUGUUUUCGCCCAGACGCGGAUCUUUCAACCUCUGGUUUCGCCUACGAUUCAAGGACGGCGGUGCAGCUGUGAUUCGAUUUCCGAUCCCUGGAACCUCGAUGUUUCCCGUGGAAAAAGUCCAACGUGAAGUCGCUGUGAUGAAGUUCUUGGAAUAUUUCACCUCGUUUCGUGUUCCCCACGUCCUGCACCAUGGAAUGACGGCGGAGAGCCCCAUCGGCCUAGGCCUUUUAUAA